AUGGAUUCCGGCCCACCCCGAGCGCAAGGGGGCAGCUCAGCGCCUGAACUUCAGGGCCGAAGGGACCGGUGUCCCUCCUGCGUCCCUCGCUCAGGGAUCAACGCGGGGAGGACGUACCCACAAAGCCAGCAGCACGACCCCAACCCCAGGCCCUUCACAACUCCCCUUCGUUUGCAAACUGUUACAGUGGCCACCAACCUCUCCGCGGCGUCUCGCGCACUAGCCGGCCCCGGACGCGGCGCACGCUCAUUGGCGCCUCCGCCGCCCGGCCUUGCGCUGCGCACCUGGCCCCGCCCCCUAGACAGGCGCGGUCCCUUAUUGGUCCACGUAGGGGACACGCCCCUCUUCUGCCCCGCCCCAGGAGACGCAGCUGGGCCUGAGGACCGGUUGGGACGAAACUGCCGGAGCCGGCUGCGGAUUGGGCCACGUCACGGUUCGCGGCCGGGUUGUUCCUCGCGGGACUUCUGCCAGCUUUGGUGCGAGAUGCUUCAAGGCGGAACCGUAGCGGUAUCCCGCGUGGGAGCAGGUGCUCUCGUGGAUUGCGAAGUCCUCGGCCGUCUUCCGGGUACCUGGGGCGUCCGCGCGAAGGAAUAGUACUGAGCUGCAUUCGCUGCGGCGACGCGGAAGAGGCGCGUGCGUGUGCCCUGGCUUGGGCUAGCUAGCAGAGGACCGCUGCGUAGCUCCAGCCUUCUGGUUUCAUUGAAUAACCUAAGCCACAAACAUGAUGCUCUCUAAUGGGCCGGAGAUAAACCGUGUUUGUGACAGAACUUGGCUCUAACUCUGAACUCCAAUAGUGGGAGAGAUGAUAUUCCAAACGAAAAAAUAAGACUUUAAUUGGCUUGA